AUGAAGUUAUUCCAAGCUUACCACUUACUCAUCUUCCUUUUAUUAAAAACAACAUCAGCAAGAGAUCCAAAAUAUACCAAGCCAGGUUGCCAAGUUAUGUGCGGGGAUGUGAGAAUCCCCUACCCUUUUGGGAUUGGGGUAAAUUGUUCUGUGUCUGAAUGGUACAAUGUUGAUUGCAACCGGUCAACGCCAUAUCUACCUGCAGUCAACAACGUGCAGGUAUUAAAAGUAGACUUAGAAUACCAAACCGUUAAAGUUAAUGUCUCAAUGAUUUUUGACUGCCACAAUCGUGUCCGUACUAGCAGUCAAAUCUUGGGCAUUGAACUUGGUGAAAGCAACCCGUUUCUUUUUUCCAGAAUACACAACCAAUUUGUUGUAGAAGGUUGUGGUAAUGCGGUCAUCAUGGACCAUGGUAUUACAGUCGCCGGUUGUUCAACAACUUGUAGCAACGAGGGUACUGUUGGCGAGAAAGACACGUGUCUUGGCAUCACUUGUUGCCAAACAAGACUUCCAUAUUAUCUUAAGACUUACAGCAUGGAUCUCACCCGCUUGGAAAGGCAGGGUGGGGAUGGAGCUUGUGGGUCUGCCUUCUUGGUGGAUAACGAUUCCUAUGAUGAGGUAAGGUUGUCUGGGGACAGCACUUUCAUCCCCAUAUCACUAAUGUGGAUUCUGUCAGAGCGUGAGUCCAGUCAAAUAAAGUGUUGUAAUUCAGGGAUUAAAAUUAAAGUUGAUACGGGUAAUGGUACUUCAACCACCUCAUCGAAAUGCAUCUUUCCUAUAUACGUUUAUGAAGGAAAUCCGUAUCUAUCUGAUGGAUGCGAUGUGCCUCCACAGGCGACAGAAGAAUGUGCAGAGUGUAUAAAUACUGGAGGUUUGUGUGAAUACCAUAAGGUAUAUGAUGAUUAUGACAGGAUCAGCGAAUAUGCGUUCUCUUGUUCUCCCAAUGGUCAUCCCACACUUUCUAGACCUCGUCGUUUAUCCUUGGGUGCUAUUCUAGGUCCUAGCAUAAGCAUCGGUGUAGCUUUUCUUCUGGCGAUCAGCUAUGCCUCGUACAAGGUGAUCAACGAAGCAAUAGCCAGGAGACGCAGAAUGAGAUAUUUUAAAAGGAAUGGGGGCCAACUACUAGAACAACAAGAAAAAUCCGACCCAUCCUCAGUUGGCAAAACUAUGCUUUUCUCUUUACGUGAAUUAGAGAAAGCCACUGACUGCUUCAGUGAGAAGAGAAUUCUUGGUGUGGGAGGCCAAGGUACAGUUUACAAAGGGAUGCUACUUGAUGGAAGAACCGUAGCUGUUAAGAAAUCAGAAAGAGUUGUUGAAAGCCAACAAGAAAAAUUAAUCAAUAAUCAAUUUAUCAAUGAGGUGGUGAUUUUAUCCCAAGUCAUUCAUCCGAAUGUGGUCAAGCUAUUGGGAUGCUGCCUGGAGACCAAGGUUCCUUUACUUGUUUCGGAAUUCGUUUCAAACGGAACCUUAUACGACCGCAUUCACAAAGAAGCCAAUGAAUUUCCACUUUCAUUGAAAAUGAGAAUACAAAUCGCUACUGAAGUUGCAAGAGCACUUGCGCACUUGCAUUCUGGAUCAGGAACGUCCAUCCCGAUAUACCACAGAGACGUUAAAACCAGCAAUAUACUUUUAGAUGAUAAUAACAUCGCCAAAAUAUCCGACUUUGGAACCUCAAGGAAUAUAUCACCGGAUGAGACUCAUUUGACUACUAUGGUCAUUGGUACCGUUGGCUACCUUGACCCUGAGUACUUGCAAACCGAGCACUUUAAUGAAAAGUGUGAUGUAUACAGCUUCGGAGUUGUUUUGGUUGAACUUUUAACCGGGGAAAAACCAAUAUUCCAAACUACAUCGGGUCAAAAAACGCAGUUGGCUGCGCACUUCAUUUCAGCUAUGGAAGAAGGAUGUGUGAUCUCGAUUUUUGAUAAAAUGGUCAUUAACGAGGGUACUACGGAUGAAUUAUUGGCACUAGCUAACCUUGCUAUGCGAUGCUUGUGUAUAAAGGGGAAAGAUAGGCCCACGAUGAUGGAAGUUGAACACGAAUUAGAAUCCAUAAGGACAUCACAUGUUCCAUCUAGGGUUGAAGCUAAUAUAGACCACGUGAUGGGCAAGGGCAAGCAGGUAUUAACGAUGCCAACUACUGCUGAAUCAUCAUCAACACCAUUCAAGAGUUUUAAUGAACCCAGUACUAGUCAAUGAUCGAUACCAAAAGAUUUAUCGUUAGUCAUAUUUAAUCCUUUAUUUUAUCGUAUCCUAUGAACACAAUCUCGGGUAUAACAAAAAUUUUAUUCUGAUAAUUGUGUAACGGAUUCAAUAUCGUGAUAUACGUAAAGAUAAUCACUCAUAAUAACAGGAGAUUAUU